AUGUUGUCUCCUGCCCUCGCCUCGUCCCUUCUGGUCGUACUCGGCGCCGCCGGUGCUCACGCCCAACAGCGCCAAGCCCUCUGGGGCCAAUGCGGUGGUUCAGGCUGGAAUGGCCCAACAGCGUGUGUGGAUGGGGCAUACUGCUUCCAACAGAACCAAUGGUACCACCAGUGUAUCCCGGGGAGCGACCGUUCACCGAGCCCAACAAAUCCGCCUCAGCAGUCCUCCACGCUCACCACGUCCCGGGUGACUGUUGCACCUCCUACAAGCACGUCGCCUGCGCCGGGCGGAGGUGGUACUACCUGCCCCGCCACUCCGAGCGGCCAAGGCAGCCCAGUUGCCAACGCGCUCAACGACCCCUUCACCUUCCACGGUGGCGGCAAGGUAUCCAGCAAAGCAGACUGGACGUGUCGCCAAGCCGAGAUCAGCAAGCUUCUCCAGCAAUACGAGCUGGGCACUCUCCCGCCCAAGCCGUCGUCGGUCACAGCCAGCUUCUCGGGCAGCACUCUGAGCAUCAGUGUCUCGGAGGGCGGCAAGUCCAUCUCCUUCUCGGUGAGCAUCAACAACCGGCCGUCGAGUAGCGGACCUCACCCGGCCAUCAUCAACUUUGGAACCUUUGGUGGUCUUCCCGUCCCGGCCGGCGUGGCCACCAUCAACUUCAACAACGACGAGAUUGCCCAGCAACAGGACCAGUCUUCGCGCGGCAAGGGCAAGUUCUAUGACAUCUACGGCAGCGGCCACUCUGCCGGCGCGCUGACGGCCUGGGCAUGGGGUGUUUCCCGUAUCAUCGACGCGCUGGAACUCACGCGUGCUCAGACCAACAUUGAUCCGGCAAGAAUCGGCGUGACAGGCUGCUCGAGGAACGGCAAGGGCGCCAUGGUUGCGGGUGCACUGGAGCCUCGCAUUGCCCUGACUCUUCCUGAGGAAUCUGGCGCGGGCGGUUCCGGCUGCUGGAGAAUUGCUACAUGGCAGAAGAACAGGGGCGAGAACGUGCAGGAGUCCAAGCAGAUCGUCACGGAGAACGUCUGGUUUUCGACCAACUUCAACAGCCAGGUCAACAACGUCAACGCGCUGCCCUUCGACCACCACAUGUUAGCCGGUCUCAUCGCGCCCCGUGCCCUUUACGUCAUGGAGAACACCGACAUGGAGUGGCUCGGCAAGGUGUCGACCUACGGCUGCAUGGGCAUUGCCCGCAAGCAGUGGGAGGCCCUGGGCGCCCUCGACAGCUUCGGUUACUCGCAGGUUGGCGGUAACUCCCACUGCAGCUUCCCCAGCUCGCAGCAGGGCAGCGAGCUCAACGCCUUUAUUGGCAAGUAUCUGCUCAACAACCCCAAUGCUGGCAACACGAACAUCUUCCGUUCCACCGGGAACCAGAACUUUGACCUUAAUUCGUGGAGCCCGUGGACCGUCCCCAAGCUGUCUUAG